AUGUUAAUCCUAUUUUAUAGCUCCAGCAACAGUCGCCGACAGCGCAGUCGUGUCUCAAACAGCCGAAGACGUCGCCGUCAUCGUCGCUCAUCCUCUUCUUCCUGUUCAUACACCCCCAAUCGACCCCCUGGCCAUGAUCGUACUCCUGCUAAGCGUCGGCGUCCCUGUGCCACUGCUACCUCUCAGCAGCAUUCCUCUCGACAACAAGCAGCUGUCUCUUCAGGAACCGCAGUGUCAGAACGGUCCUUGUCUCAUGGCCAUUCGCGUCACCAGACAUCUAGCCAGCCUCGAGGUCCCCAUCAUUCGCAUUCUCAAAAGCAUCAGCAACAACAACGUCGCAUGCAGCCUACGAAAUCCGUCAUCGGUCAGUCUCUUCUUGCUUCCUCUCUCUCUCAGACUAUAGUCAAGUUGACUCCUGGUGAUGAUAAGCAAAGCGCUGACACCGACACUGCUACUACGGCAAAUGAUGUAGCGAAUAUCCACCAUAAACCAGAUCCUUCCAGCCGACAGCUGAUAGUGGUUGAUUCAGGAAAGAAUAGCCAACAACAGAAAAAACAACAAAGGUUUUUGCGAUGUCGGCUACGCAGGCGUUUCCACAGACAUAUAGGUGAGGAGACUGCAGAAGAGGAUGAGGCUAAAGAAGCUGAGUCGAAAAGUGAGGAAGCUGUUGUACCAAUGGACGCCUCAGAAGACAAUACUGAAUCGUCGGGAAGGAUAGUGACUAUGGCGGAGGCGUCUACUGGUGUAAGCAACUUGAAGCUAGGCGCUCCAUCCUCUGACCCAGCAGAACGGUGGACACUGGAGAGGUCAGAUGAAAAGUCGAAUCCAAACUCACAUAAUAACUCUCUUGAGCUCUAA